CUGGGUGCCGGGCAGCAGCCACGGGAGGUUCAGAGGUGGGGUGAACCCCGAACAGCCUCUGGGCCCCCCACCCGGCUUCGUCUCCCCCGCCUGAGGCUGAGCGGCAGGGCCACUGGCCAGCAUGGCAGUCGUCCCUUCCGCUACCUACAAAAUCCGAGUGGCCACCGGAAACUACCUCUUCGGUGGGACCAUGGACACCAUCUCCAUCGCCUUGGUGGGGGCUCACGGAGAGACCCCCAAGUUUCACCUGGAUAAAUUCGGCAAAGAUUUCUCUCCAGGAGAGGUGGAGGAAUUUGUGGUAGAGACCCAGGUGGAGUUGGGGGAUCUCCUGUUGGUCCGUCUCCAUAAGGAGCCCUACGGGUUCUUCCCUCCCACCAACUGGAACUGCAGCUUCAUCGAAGUGGAGACCCCCGACGGGCAGGUCUACCGUUUCCCUUGCUACCGAUGGAUCCUGGGGUACCGCACCUUUGAGCUCCGAGAAGGGACAGCUAAAAUCGCUCACGGGGACACAAACAGCCGGUUGCUUUCAGAACACCGUAGGUACGAACUGCUAGCAAAACAGGAAACCUACAGAUAUAAAGAUUAUCAACCCGGAUGGCCCAAAUGUUUAGACGCCGAUUCGGUGGACCAAUUGCACCUGAGCGAUCAAUAUUCCAGCAUCAAAUCCUGCUCCUUCCGAGUCCUGCUGAAAACCGCGGAAAUCGAGUUGAAGCUGAAAGGGCUGCUAAACCUCAAGAGCUCCUGGAAAAAAUUGGCUGACAUCCGAAGGGCUUUUUGGUUUUAUCGGACCCCAACCUCAGAAUAUGUCAGCAAACAUUGGGAUGAAGAUGCAUUCUUUGGCUACCAAUAUCUCAAUGGGGCGAGCCCCGGGAUCAUUCAGCGAUGCUCAGAGAUUCCGGCGAAAUUCCCGGUGACACAAGAGAUGGUGGUCGAAUCGUUGGGACUGGAGACCACCCUGGAGAAAGAAAUGAAGGAAGGCCGGCUCUUCCUCGUUGACUGCCAGAUCCUCGAGGGCAUCUCAGCCACCACACUCAACGGGUCCCCCCAGUACGUCUCGGCCCCCCUCUGCCUCCUCCACCUCAACCCCUGGGGGGAGAUGAUGCCCGUUGCGAUUCAGCUGACUCAGCAGCCUGGACCAAGGAGCCCCAUUUUCCUCCCCACAGAUCGAGAAUGGGACUGGGCGCUGGCCAAGUUUUGGGUUCGCAACAGCACGUUUUACAUCCACGAGAUCCUAGCCCACCUGCUCCAUACCCACCUCCUGGUGGAGGUCUUUUUGCUGGCCACCCUCCGGCAGCUUCCCAAAUGCCAUCCGGUCCACAAGCUCUUAAUCCCACACUUCCGCUACACGCUGCAUAUCAACAUCCUUGGCCGGACUCACCUCCUGGCUCCCGACGGGAUGCUGGACAAGAUGAUAGGCACAGGUUUCCAGGGUCUGUCCCAGCUGGUGGCCAGGGGUCUUUCAAAGCUGACCUACUCCAUGCUUUGCCUCCCUGACGACCUCCGGGACAGAGGAGUAGAUGCGUUGCCCAACUACUACUACAAGGAGGACGGACUGAAGCUGUGGAGCGCUAUAGAGAGUUUUGUGUCUGGAAUGAUCAGCCUUUAUUACCCAAGCGACGGAGCUGUGGAGAAGGAUAUGGAGCUGCAGGCCUGGGUGGCUGAAAUCUUUGAGAAAUGUUUCCAUCAGCGGCAAUCCUCCGGUUUCCCUGCACAUCUAGGAACUAUUGCUGAGUUAACCAAGUAUCUGACCAUGAUGGUCUUCACCUGUUCGGUCCGCCAUGCCAGUGUCAACAAUAGCCAGUUUGAUUUUGGAGCCUGGAUGCCCAACUACCCUUCCACCAUGAGAAGGCCUCCCCCGGAAUCCAAGGGCGGCGUGACUUUUGCCGACGUCCUGGAGACCUUGCCAGAUGUCAGCACAAGCUGUCAGACGUUGCUCAUCUUGUGGCUUCUCAGCCGAGAGCGAGGAGACAAGAGAUCGCUGGGUUACUACCCUGAGGAACAUUUCACCGAGGAAGGCCCAAAGAUGGUCAUCGCCACUUUCCAAAGACACCUGGCCAAGAUCUCCCAGGAAAUCGAGGAGAGGAACCGACGCCUUCCGCUGCCAUACAAUUACCUUAACCCUCCUGAGGUAGAGAACAGCAUCUCCAUCUAAGGACCAGGUCACUGGUCCUGUUGUACAAUGAGGUUCCUCAGCCCACCGAGUCGUGGAGGACCUUCCAUGGAAAGACACCGGUCAAGAGUUAGGACACGUCGUGUAGAUGGAACUGACCUCGGCCAACAACAUCCAGAAAUCUGGUUGUGGGACCGAGAAAAACUGUGUUGAGGGUGUGGAAACGAGUGAGCUUUCACUGUGUGGUCAUGCCAACACAUCUGGACAUUUUUGACCCCCUCUUUGUGGACCCUCAAAAAAGAGAAAGACUCAGUCCUAGCUCUGCCACCAUCUAGGCCCUCACUAGAAGCUCUACUCCAUUUCUCCUCUGCUGUUCCUUAUUUUAGGACUGAGAGGUGGGGUCACG